AUGGUCGUGAAUGCACUGUUGACCACGUUCUUGUGCACCGUAGCGCUUCCCAUUCUGCUGUUCCUGUUGGCCGUGAAGCUGUGGGAGGUUUACACGCUCCGAUGCAGAGACCCGACUUGCCCUUUCCCGCUGCCCCCCGGAUCCAUGGGCUUGCCUUUCAUUGGAGAGACGCUGCAACUCCUCCUCCAGAGGAAAACAUUUCUUCGGAUGAAGCGGGAGAAGUACGGUUACAUCUACCGCACACACCUCUUCGGGAACCGCACGGUGCGCGUGACUGGCGCGGAUAACGUCAAGCAGAUCCUCCUGGGGGAGCACAGGCUGGUGUCCGCGCAGUGGCCCGCUUCUGUUCGCGCGAUCCUGGGCACGGAGACGCUCUCCAACAUGCACGGAGCUCAGCACAAGACUAAAAAAAAAGCUAUCCUGCGCGCCUUUUCCAGGGAGGCUUUAGAGCUCUAUAUCCCCGUUAUCCAGGAGGAAGUUCAGGCUGCAGUGAAGGAAUGGCUGGCAAGUGACUCCUGCGUGUUGGUCUACCCAGAGAUGAAGCGGCUGAUGUUCCGCAUCGCCAUGAGGGUUCUGCUGGGCUUUGAGCCAGAGCAGAUUCAAACCGAUGAGCACGAGCUGGUGGAGGCUUUUGAGGAAAUGAUCAAGAACCUGUUCUCUUUGCCCAUUGAUGUGCCUUUCAGUGGACUGUACAGGGGUCUGAAAGCGAGGAACUUCAUCCACUCUAAGAUUGAGGAGAACAUCAAGAAGAAGGUGCAGGAGUCAGACCAGGAGUGGAAACCCAGAGACGCCCUGCAGCAGCUCAUAGACAGCAGCAACAAGAACAAAGAGCCCAUCAGCAUGCAGGCCAUCAAGCAGUCUGCCACAGAGCUGUUGUUUGGGGGGCAUGAAACCACAGCCAGCACAGCCACCUCUCUGGUCAUGUUCCUGGGUCUAAACCCCAAAGUAGUGGAUAAACUGAGACAGGAGCUCGAGGACAAGGUAAAGCUUGCGGAGCAGGGCAUGGACCUACAGAGCCUGAACAUCGAGUCCUUGGAGCAGCUGAAAUACACAGGCUGUGUCAUCAAAGAGACGCUGAGGAUCAACCCUCCUGUCCCUGGAGGCUUCAGAGUGGCCCUCAAGACCUUUGAGCUCAAUGGUUACCAGAUUCCCAAAGGCUGGAACGUUGUCUACAGUAUCUGCGAUACUCAUGAUGUGGCAGAGAUCUUCCCCGACAAAGAAGACUUCCAGCCAGAGCGCUUCAUGACCGAUCCUUGUGCGGACUCCUCCAGGUUUCAGUACAUCCCAUUUGGUGGUGGCUCCAGGAUGUGCGUUGGGAAGGAAUUUGCCAAGGUUCUGCUGAAGGUGUUCCUGGUGGAGGUGGUAACAAAGUGUCACUGGACUCUUUUAAACGGGCCUCCAACCAUGAAAACAGGACCUACUGUCUAUCCCGAAGACAAUCUGCCAACCAAGUUCACCAGCUAUGUACAGAAUUAAACAGAAUAAACAUUUCAGAUUUAUUUUUUAUUUUCCCCAAAAGUCAUAAAAGGCUUGUUUGCAGACUCACUCACACAUGAACAGGAGAAUGUUCCUUUUAGCUUGGUGUCAGUGUUUAAGCAUUAACUGUACAUAGUGUAGAUUACACAAGAGCAAAUUUUAUAUUCUACUAUUUAUACUUUGGAUUUGUGUAUAUUCUUUUUCUUGAGCUGAGCAAAAUGCAUGAGAGGCACUCUGUGGACCUCUGAGCUGUGUCUACAGGACUGUACAUAUUUAAUGUGUCUCUUAAUAUAAAUACCUUUUCUAUUGG